AUAUAGGAUUGUGUCUCGGAAGCCUGCAUCAUGCCUGCGCCACUGGCCAAAGGCAUCAUAAUCGCCGCGUCUGUUCUUGUCGCCGCCGGCAUCGCCAUUUACGAGUCCCCGCAAGUCCGACAAUGGGUCGACCAGUCCCGCCGCAAGAUCGCCGUCGCCCUGAACUCUCUUGGUGAGGACCCCAAGCCUCGCCGUCGUAGCGAAUCGUCCGACAUCUACGCUGCAAGGACGAGACGGGAGGAGCUUGUCAGGAAGAACCGUAAUGAUUUCAUCAAAAAAGCCAGGGAGGACGGUAUUGCCGUCGACCUAGACGAACUUGCCAAGAUCGGGUCUGAGAACAUAGAGAUGGCAGAGAGGAGAUCGCGAUCAGACAGGACAAAGAGCUUCGACGACUUGGUUGGUAGCGAUGGCAUGCUCAGAGCGACUGGAAAAGACACUUCACACAGCGGACUCAAGAAGCGCGGUGCAGCUGGCUUUGCGGCCGGCUCUGCUGCUGCGGCUGCCCUGGCGAACCCCUUCUCUGACGACAACAUACUUUUCGAUGUCGGUGACGAUGAGGACGACGAGGCACCUUCCCCGAAGCCCUUCACCUACAGCGAGAAUGACACACGCGAGAGCUCUGCUACUAUCAAGCCCGACUCCUCUCCCGUUGUUCCAGUCGAUGAGUCUACUGCCACCAUCUCAGCCAACACCGUCUCUCCCGCCACCACUUCCAACGACGCCAUCUCCCUCUCUACUCCACUCAUUGACCUUUCUCCCGAGACUCACCCCGAGACCCACUCUGAGACCCACUCCGAGACCGAGCAAGCAGCACCAGUCCCAUACACCGAAGUAGCCGACGACGCCGACGCAGCAGCCCAAUCCUUCUACUCCUUCACAUCCUCCGCCUCGCACACUGAAGACCUCGCUCAAACCCAAUUCUUCGAUGACGAGGCGGAGCACGUCUCCACCGGCACACUAACACCCCGCUCGCAACGCUCCAACAGCAGCGCUCCCUCCUUUGUCAACGCCCACGCAGACGACAUCGCAGUCCUCAGCAUGCAAACCGACGCGGAUCACGAUGCGCGCUCGGAGGUGUUUUCCGAGGGCGGCUGGACAGACGCGGGCCUUUCCGAGGCUGACGACCGGACAGGCGUCAUGACGCCGAACUCGUGGACGGACGUUGGGAGUGAUGACGAAAGCGAGUGGGGUGGCCAGGUGCAUCAGUAGAUGUGCAUUUUCUGUGCUCCUCGAACUAUCUAGCGGAUGAAUUUGGCAUCAAUGGCGUUUGUGUGCGUAUAUAAAACCGCAUUUCGGGAUACUGGUGUGGCGUUUGUUUUGUACCUUGGCUUGACUUGGAUAGAAUGGGAUAGUAACCAUGAAUCGUAAUUGUUUCUCUAGUUGUCCUUUUUUCCUUGAUGUAUUGCAUUUUGAACACCCUGAGUAUUAACGUGUAUCAACGUUCAGCGUCCUAUCUCCACGUUCUACUCCACGGUUCAAUGUAGAAAGUACCCCC